GGCAAUGCUGUGGGCAGAGUGCUGUGUGACAGAGCGCCACCGAUCACACUCAGGCCUGCAGCGGAGCACACGGCACGGGCGGGAGUUCCGGCACACGACUGCAUCCUCUCUCCUCCUGUUGUCGAGAAACAGAGUAACACCCCCCUUUCUUUCUUCUUCUUCAUUUUUACUUUCUUUUUUUUUUCCCCGUCGGUGCGUCCAGCGCUGAGACUUUGGAGCCAUGAACGGGCCAGUGGACGGCUUGUAUGACUCUCUGCACGAGGACGGGUCCUUCAUGUUCACGUCUGAGUCGGUGGGAGAGGGACACCCAGACAAAAUCUGCGACCAGAUCAGUGAUGCAGUGUUGGACGCACACCUGAAGCAGGAUCCGGAUGCAAAGGUUGCCUGUGAGACAGUGUGCAAAACCGGCAUGGUGCUGCUGUGUGGGGAGAUCACAUCCCGGGCCAACGUGGACUAUCAGAAGGUCGUGAGGGAGACCAUCAAAGAGAUUGGCUAUGACAACUCCGACAAAGGUUUUGACUACAAGACAUGCAAUGUGCUGGUAGCUUUAGAGCAGCAGUCCCCAGACAUUGCCCAGGGGGUGCACAUUGACAGGCAUGAGGAAGACAUUGGCGCUGGAGACCAGGGUCUGAUGUUUGGCUAUGCCACCGAUGAAACGGAAGAGUGCAUGCCACUCACCAUCAUCCUUGCUCACAAGCUCAAUGCCAAGAUGGCAGAACUUAGACGCAACGGGACUGUCCCAUGGCUCCGCCCAGACUCCAAAACCCAGGUGACAGUGCACUAUAUACAGGAGAAUGGUGCGGUUGUGCCCAAACGGGUGCAUACAGUGGUGAUCUCUGUGCAGCAUGAUGAGGACAUCUUAUUGGAAGAGCAAAAGCAGGUCCUGAAGGAGAAGGUCAUCAAGGCUGUGGUGCCUGAAAAAUACCUGGAUGAGAAAACUAUCUACCACCUGCAGCCCAGUGGGCGUUUUGUCAUUGGGGGGCCCCAGGGGGAUGCUGGUGUUACGGGGAGAAAGAUCAUUGUUGACACCUAUGGAGGGUGGGGUGCUCAUGGUGGAGGAGCCUUCUCUGGAAAGGAUUACACCAAAGUGGACCGGUCAGCUGCCUAUGCCGCUCGAUGGGUUGCCAAGACGCUGGUCAAGGCCAAGCUGUGCAAGAGGGUGCUGGUGCAGGUGGCCUACGCCAUUGGAGUGGCCUAUCCCCUGUCCAUCUCACUCUUUACCUACGGUUCCUCCCGCAAGACUGAGAAGGAGCUUCUGGAAAUUGUCAACAAGAACUUCGAUUUACGACCCGGAGUCAUUGUCAGAGACCUGGAUCUUAAGAGGCCAAUCUACCAAAAGACCGCAUGCUACGGCCACUUUGGCAGGAAGGAGUUCCCCUGGGAGAUACCAAAGGAGCUGAAGUUUUAGUUUGGUGACUGCUGCCGUUGAUGUGGACAGCUGUCCUUCAGGAGUCACGAUACGAGGGACACCUCUGUGAAAGUUGUACCCAACUGUUUCAGUCACGAGGGAUUGUGAUGUUCUGCAUGAGCCCCUCAACUCAUAAAUGAGUAGUUCUUAGCAAGCUCGCCUGUCACUAAUCUCUCGAUUUCUCUCUUCAUAAUACAUAUUUGUGAGGUCGUAAUACAUUUUAAACCCAAAGCCAAACUCAAACCAGGGUACUAGACCCUUCGCUAUUCAAAGAAUGACUAACAAUAUUCGCAACGUUCCGCACACGUGGACAUGAACCCAAAGGUUUCUGUGGUAUUUGGGACGUAUUCCUGUGGCAGCAUCGCAGCCUGUGGACCAGGCGUGCUUCAUUCUGACAAGAGUUUAUCCAGCAUCUUUGUGACAUUUACAGUAAGUUCACAUUUUUUUCCUCCACAGCUGAAGCGUGAACAUGUUUUGAAAUUGGUAUCAAUUCACUCCCCGUUUCUGCAGGUCAGACGUUUUUAAAUAUGAAAAAACUUAUCCAAAGGGGACAGGACAAAUUUCUGUGACAGUUUCAUGUGACUGCCUUCCACCAUUUAACAGUUAUUAAUGACCAAAUAUUUGCUUAGCUUUUCAACCCUGCCUCUAAAUACUGAGUUUUUCUUCCAAAAUCAAUGGCAAAAAUUUUGAGUGUGCCUGAGAAACGGUUAAGAUAUGAGCUGUCGUAACUUUUCUUUUAUUCGUACUCUUUCCUGACCUAUCUGUACAUAUUUUUUUUGUGUGAUAUUUUAGACCACUUUGGCUUGGUCCACUCGGUAGUAGGUCUUUAGUUUGCUUUUUAGUCCACUAAAGUACAUGAAAUGCUGUAAAUGGGAUUUAUGAGCUUUUUCUCAUUAGGCAAAAGUUCCAAAAUGCUGUGGGCCAUUGCUGUGGAGAAGGUUGCUUCAUAAAAAUUAAUUUUAACUUGAUUUACUUAUUUCAGGUUCGGUAACUGAGGUGAUUGAGGUUCCCUGCAUGUUUCAGAAACAGAUUAAAAUUAAAAUUCAUCCAACUGGCUCAGUAAGCAGCUGCUUUCAUGUGGCUGCCAGCUGUCAGUGUGCUUUUGAGAACCUCACAAAAGCUGUAAUUCGAACGUGAAUAGGCAUCGUUUCAUAAGAGCUGUAGGCCAGACAUAGCUCUAGACCGUUAGAAUUCCGCUUGUUGAGCAGCAUGGAUUUUUAUAAACAUACCAAUUAUUGCCAUGGAAACAGAAUACAUUUUAGGGUUUUGGAAAAGAAAAAUUUCCAUAUAAUUUCUUAGCUUGAUGGCAACAAUAGUUUACCAAUGCACCCUUACAUUAAUUUCAAUUGACUAUAUUACUAGUAAUCUACAUUUUUCAUGCCCUUCAUGGCAUUGCUAUUGUUAAGGAUAUUGAAUAAUAGUAGGUUUCAGGCUGAAUUUUAAUCAACCGCCUGGUUUACAUGUACACUACAAGUGUAUUGAAGGAGGCACCCAGCUGUAGCCCCUUGGGGCAUUUUAGACCAAAGACAUAGAAUAAGUAGAUUGGUGCUGGUCAGGUGCACUAUGACUGGUGUAAAACUGUCUGAAAAAAUCCCGGAAUGGAAAUGUAUUUAUCGUUAUUGUUCCUUGUGUUUUAUUGCUUCUACCACUUUGUUUACAAAUUGAGAUUUUGAAUGUAAAGUGGUCGAGGGGUCAAUUAAUCCAAUACGGCCAGGGAGUUGCACUCAUGUCCUGCAAUACGGCCUUGCUGAAAUCACACAAACACGAGGGCUGUCCACUCCUGGUUCUGGAGCAGUGUCUUCCACCUUCUUUGAAAGCCUCGCUGCUUUACGGGAUGGCUGAAUUAGAUCAGUUCUGAAAAUAUUUCUGUCUAAGUGCUCAACUGAAAGAGAAAAUUUCAGGGGACUAGGAUUUUACACCCCUGAUCAGUUGUUCCUGAGGACCUUCACUUUUGGAAAGCAAUGGCUGUUGCAGGUGUCAGUAUUCUCAUGCCUGUGGUUUAUUUAACCAGAGUACAUAAGUAGACAGGAAACAACAUCAGCGGUGUAACUGAGUUACUAGUUACUAGUUCAGGACCUGCUCCAAGGCUCCAAGGCCCAUGAGGACAGGAGUUGCCAGUGUCCGUCCAGUACAGAAAUCCAUGCCUGUGGUGCUACUUCAUGACUUAUUCUGUGCGUGUCUCGCUGGUCUACAUCAUCCAAAGCUUUUGUAGAAACCUAUAAAUGUAAAUAAUUUAUUGACAAUAAAACAUUUUAGCAGAAA